CGACGCCAGCACCGCCGCUCCCGCCGCCAGGGUCGCCGCCGCGCCUCAGCUUCGGCUCCCGCUCCCGCGCCCGCUCCGUCGGCCAUGCUGCCCCGCCGCGCCCCGGCGCCCGGUGCGCAGCUGCUGCCCGCGCCCGCCCUGCUGCUGCUGCUGCUGCUCGGCGCGGGGCCCCGCAGCGGCUGUCUGGCCAGCCCGGUGCCUGCCGCGUCCUUGUCCGUGUCGGGGCCAUGCGGCGCACAGCCCUGCCGGAACGGGGGUGUGUGCACCCCGCGCCCCGCUCCCGGCCCGCAGUCCCCGGCCGCCGCCUGCCCCGCCGGGAUCUCUGGCGCCAACUGCCAGCUUGUUUCGGAUCCUUGCGCCAGCCACCCGUGUCACCAUGGCAACUGCAGCAGUAGCAACAGCAGCGACGGCUACCUCUGCAUUUGCAAUGAAGGCUAUGAAGGUCCAGUCUGUGAACAGGCACUUCCCAGCGUCCCCGUCUCUGGCUGGACGGAGUCCAUGGCACCCAGACAGCUUCAGCCUGUCCCUACCACCCAGGAGCCUGACAUAAUCCUGCCCCGCUCUCAGGCCACCAUCACCCUGCCAACGUGGCAGCCGAAAACUGGGCAGAAAGUUGUAGAAAUGAAAUGGGAUCAAGUGGAGGUGAUUCCAGAUAUUGCCUGUGGGAAUGCCAGUUCUAACAGCUCUGCGGGUGGCCGUCUGGUGUCCUUCGAAGUGCCACAGAACACUUCAGUCAAAAUUCGUCAAGAUGCCACUGCCUCACUGAUUUUGCUGUGGAAGGUCACGGCCACGGGAUUUCAACAGUGCUCCCUCAUAGAUGGAUGGAGUGUGACCCUCCUCCAGACUCCCGGGGGCCUUGUCCUCUUGGAGGAGAUGCUUGCCUUGGGGCACAAUCACUUCAUCGGUUUUGUGAAUGAUUCUGUUACUAAAUCUAUCGUGGCUUUGCGCUUGACUCUGGUGGUGAAGGCCAGCACCUGUGCACCAGGGGAAAGCCAUGCAAACGACUUGGAGUGCUCGGGAAGAGGAAGGUGCACCACGAAGCCCUCAGAGGCAACUUUUUCGUGUAACUGUGAUGAUCAGUACACGGGUACUUUCUGUGAAGAAUUUGACGCCUGCCAGAGGAAACCCUGCCAGAACAAUGCGAGCUGUGUUGAUGCGAAUGAAAAGCAAGAUGGGGGCAACUUUACCUGUGUUUGCCUUGCUGGUUAUACUGGAGAGCUUUGCCAAUCCAAGAUUGACUAUUGUAUCCUAGACCCAUGCAGAAAUGGAGCAACCUGCAUUUCUAAUCUCAGUGGAUUCACCUGCCAGUGUCCAGAAGGCUACCUGGGCUCCGCCUGCGAGGAGAAGGUGGACCCAUGCGCCUCGGGGCCCUGCCAGAACAACGGGACCUGCUACGCCGAGGGGCUGCACUUCGGCUGCAGCUGCAGUGCGGGCUUCACGGGCCCAGCCUGCGCGCAGCUCGUGGACUUCUGUGCGCUCAGCCCCUGCGCCCAUGGCACGUGCCGCAGCGUGGGCACCAGCUAUAAAUGCCUCUGUGACCCAGGCUACCAUGGCCUCUACUGUGAGGAGGAAUACGACGAGUGCCUCUCUGCCCCGUGCCUGAACGCUGCCACCUGCAGGGACCUUGUCAACAGCUAUGAGUGCGUGUGCCUGGCAGAGUACAAAGGAAUCCACUGUGAAUCCUACAAGGACCCCUGUGCUAACGUCAGCUGUCUGAAUGGAGGCACCUGUGACAGUGAAGGCCUAAAUGGCACAUGUGUCUGCGCACCUGGGUUUACAGGUGAAGAGUGUGACAUCGACAUCAAUGAAUGUGACAGUAACCCCUGCCAUCACGCCGGUACCUGCCUGGACCAGCCCAAUGGUUACACAUGCCACUGCCCACGUGGCUGGGUGGGAGCAAACUGUGAAAUCCACAUCCAGUGGAAGUCCGGGCACAUGGCGGAGAGCCUCACCAACAUGCCCCGGCACUCCCUCUACAUCAUCAUCGGCGCCCUCUGCGUCGCCUUCAUCCUGAUGCUCGUCAUCCUGAUUGUGGGGAUUUGCCGCAUCAGCCGCAUCGAGUACCAGGGCUCUUCCAGGCCGGCCUAUGAGGAGUUCUACAACUGCCGCAGCAUCGACAGCGAGUUCAGCAGUGCCAUCGCCUCCAUCCGGCAUGCCAGGUUUGGAAAGAAAUCCCGGCCUGCGAUGUAUGAUGUGACCCCCAUCGCCUAUGAGGAUUACAGCCCCGAUGACAAGCCCUUGGUCACACUGAUUAAAACAAAAGAUUUGUAAUCUUUUGGGGGAUUAUUUUUCAAAAAAGAUGGGCUAUGACAUUCAUUUAAAUAUUUUUAAGAAAAUGGAAAGCUUAAGAAAUUUAGAACGUUAGCUGCUCAAGAGUUCUCGGUAGAAUAUUUAAGAACUAAUUUUCUGCAGCUUUUGGUUUGAAAAAAAUAUUUUAAAAACGGAAUUUGUGACGUCCAUUAGACUACGUUUUAACGUACUUUCAGCUCUCUAAACUAUAUGCUUCGACUAGUGUGUGCACUUUCCACGGUAGAUAUUAUUACGAAACCCAGAUUGUUUUCUGCGGUUGGGACAGAAUAAGUCUAAGCGAGGACAAGUUCGUAUUUGACGUGUGAGUGUUGGCUUUUUGAGUAGAGUUAGGAAACACAUGUAGAAUAUGAACCAUAAUACAGUAUACCCAGUACUUAAAAAGAAGUCUGAAGUGUUUGUCCUGUGAAAAAGAAACUAGUUAAAUUUAUUAUUCCUAACCCGUAUGAAAUUAGCCUUUGCCUUACUCUGUGCAUGGGUAAGUAACUUAUUUCUGCACUGUUUUGUUGAACGUUGUGGAAACUGGAAACAUUCGCUUGAGUUU